UUAGAGGAAACCAGUGGAGGAAGUGGGAGGUUUCUGUGUCUGAGUUCUCACCGUUCUGAACUCCAUUUUACUCAAAGUCAAGAUGAAAAUGUUUUUCCUGCAUCUGCUGUUUUUGGCCUCUCUGCUGUGCAGCUCGACUCAUCAAGCUCAUCUUGUUGCUGAUUUCAGCUCCUCUCAGUUGUUUGAAGGAACCCGAGUGACUCUGAAAUGUGAGGCGGACGACGGCUCUGAAGGAUGGACCUUGAAGAGAAACACAACCAAACGGAUGUCAACGUGUGGAGACGGCUGGGGGAAAAGGACCAACUCCUCCUGUACCAUCGAAUUCCUCUUUAUACAAGACUCUGGUCUGUACUGGUGUGAGUCUGGAUCCUCCAACAGCGGCAGCAGCAGCAGCAGCAGCAGCAGCUGCAGCAUCCAGCUCUCUGUCUCUGGAUCAGUGAUCCUGCAGAGUCCUGUCCUCCCUGUGAUGGAGGGAGAUGACGUCACUCUGAUCUGCAGAGCAAGGAAUCCAACCCACAACCUCCCAGCUGCUUUCUAUAAAGAUGGCUCCUUCAUUGGUGAUGGAUCAGCAGGCAGCAUGACCCUCCUCCAUGUUUCCAGCUCUGAUGAAGGCCUCUAUAAAUGUAGCAUCAGCGGUUCUGGAGAGUCUCCAUCCAGCAGGGUCUCUGUCAAAGCUAAACCUCUAGUCUCCCCGCCGUCCUCCGGAGCCGCGGCCUCCGCCUCGGGCCCCCUACAGCUCACAUACACAGUGCUGCGCCACCUGGUGGUGUUCUGUCCAUACUUCAUCUCCACCGUCAUCAUGGUGUUGUUAUAUCAAGCCAGACCAUUCGCAGAAAACAACCUGGAAAGUUCCCCACCCACACAGUCUGAGCAGGGAACAGAGGUCAAGGUCAAAGUUACCACAAAUAAUUAUGUAAAUGCAGAGACAAUGUUCCAAUCAGAUUGUGUCAAAAUUUAUAUUUCAUGA